AUAAACAUGGAGGCCGACACAGCCCCCAGUCCACCCCCAGAGAGCGUAGAAAGCAAACAGAACGAAAUUGUAUGCGAUACGAACAAGAACACAAAUCCAACAACCAUUUCACAUACAACUCUUCUACAAUGGAUGGACAUCACAGUGUUGGAGCCCGAGAAGAGGACCAACACUUCGAUGAAAAUGCAGGACACAUACAUUGUGUAUCUCGUUGAAACCAGAGUUACUGAUGAAAACAUGAAAGGCUACGGAGAAAGAACAACGUCUCUAUGGCGACGAUACAGCGAGUUUGAACUUCUGCGUAACUACCUGGACAUAAUGUAUCCUGCCAUUGUCAUCCCUCCACUACCGGAGAAAAAAGCAACUUACACGUGGCUGAACAGUCCAACAGAUAAAUUAGAUCCCGAAUUUGUCGAACGGAGGCGAAAUGCAUUAGAGAUUUUCCUGUUACGAAUCGCAGCACAUCCAGUCAUUUGCAGUGAUAAGAUAUUUAUGGCUUUUCUACAGCAGGAGAAUUCUUGGAAGGAAAUGGUAUAUUCUACAGAUUUCCAGAGCAAGGCUGAUUCUAGACUGAAGGCUCUCAACGCGUCAUUUAGACUGAAGAAACCAGACAGAAGAUUUGAAGAAAUAAAGAAUUAUAGUAAUGAAUUACAGAACAACAUUUCCAACAUCCUCAAGAUAAGAGCUAAAAUCUGUGAUAGAUUGUAUGGCAUCCAUAAAGUGCAUGCUAACUACGCCAGAGUUUUUGGCGAAUGGAGCAGUAUUGAAAAAGAAAUGGCUGAGGCCUUACAAAGUACUGGCCACUACAUGGACGUGUAUGCGUCGUCGAUCGAUGGUAUCCUGGAUGAGACUGAGCAGUAUGCGGACCAGCUGAAGGAGUACCUGGCAUUUGGCGAGUCUCUGCGGUCCGUGUGCCGCAAGUACGAGUGCAUGCAGUACGACCUGGAGAGGGCGGAGGAUGGUCUGUCAUCCAAGGCGGCACAGCGAGAUGUCCUGUCUCAGGGAAAGGCUCCUGGCAGUUUCUCUAUCAGUGGGAUGAAGAGUAAGAUAUUUGGCAACGACACGCCAGAGCAGCGAGAUGAGAAAAUUAAACAGCUUGAUGAACAGAUCCAGCAGGCUGAGGUCGAGUUACAGCAGACCAAUGAAGAAACGGCGAAGUUUGUUGAAGCAGCGCUUAGAGAUACUGAAAGAUUCAAGAGGCAGAAGGCGAAAGACUUGCAAGAAAUUUUUACCAAUUUUGCAAUUAUGCAGAUAAAAGAAUGCAAAAAGGGUAUAGCAAUAUGGACAAGUGCUAAGGAUUGUAUGAGUAAGAUUUGAAUAGCACUCAACACGUAGACCACCAUAAACUCCAGAUAAUAGCAUUAGACUUGUUUAGUGACUUCAGUUCUUUUGAAUGGCAUUCCAUCAACAUCUACAUUGGCUGGCAUUAUGAGGGUCUCAUGCAGUUGACAUGUUGUUUUUGUAAUCGAGAUAGGCUACAUUAAAACAAACUGGCUUGCAAAGAUAAUCUCAAUGUUUGAACACAAUGAGUGCUGUAAACAAACAAAACCAUAUUAUAGAUGAUAGAUAUAGACGAAUCGGGAAAGAGUAUUCCGUAAUAUAUUGCAAAAAAGCUAAUGCAGUAAUUAUAUUUGACAAGUA